UUCCCUCCUUCCCUCCCCUGCCUCUCCACCCCACUCCCGCUUCCUCCCUCUCUCUCUCUCCAAACCCUAAAAAUUCCCUCCAUUUUUGCUUCCUUCCCCGAUCGCCACCCUCCCGAUCUCCGUCUUCUGAAUCUCCCCUCGAUCUCUCGUUGUCAGUAUUCUCUCUUCAUUUUCCCGCCUUUCUAAUAAUGCCUCCGAUCUCGAACAGUGCGUCGGACGGCGCACUGAGCCCCCGAUUCCAACGGGCAUGUGGGAUCCUGCCAAGUUGAAGACAGACGGCGAGCGAUCCGACUGGCGCAGGCCGAGGGAGAGUCUUAGAAGCGAAGCUUCUGAUGGCGGAACACCGCGGCCUUGGCGGUCUGCAGCGGCAUCCGCCCGGACCUACUGCUCAGCCUCUGAAGAGACACCUCCCGUUCGCGUCCUCGAAGCCUUCUUUUGCCUGUCCCAACGAUUAUCAUCGCUUCCCUGAUGGGAGCGGAACGGGGGCCGUGGCAGACGAGGAAGCGGAUGCGAUCGUCGUGAGGACGCCGUUAAAACGGAAGGCUGAAGUAGAAGAACAUGAAGCUGAAUCUAGUGAUUAUACAACUGGUCAAGGUUACACUGAGGUGGUGAACAGUCCCAUGACUACUCCUAUAUCAGGAAAGGGUGGAAAGGUCUAUGGCAAAGGAAAAGUUUCAAAAAAUAUGCAAUCUGGCCCUCAAACACCCACAUCAAAUGCUGGGUCACCAGCUGCCAGUACACUGACUCCAGUAGGGACAUGUCGCUAUGAUAGCUCCCUAGGCCUUUUGACGAAAAAGUUCAUCAAUUUGAUGAAGCAAGCUGAAGACGGUGUUCUAGAUCUGAACAUUGCAGCAGACACUUUGGAGGUGCAGAAAAGGCGCAUAUAUGACAUUACAAAUGUCCUGGAGGGAAUAGGACUUAUAGAAAAGAAGUUAAAGAACAGAAUACGUUGGAAGGGAUUGGAUGCUUCUAGGCCUGGAGAUGUUGAUGAUGACAUCACACGUUUACAGACAGAUGUUGAAAACCUUGCCCUUGAGGAGCAUAGACUAGAUGAGCGUAUAAGUGAAAUGCAAGAAAGGUUGAGGGAGCUAAGUGAGGAUGAGAACAACAAAAAGUUGUUGUAUGUGAAAGAGGAAGACAUAAUGGGAGUCCCAUGCUUUCUGGUACACUGGUCUAAUAGGGAUACUCUAAUUGCAAUUAAAGCACCUCAUGGUACUACGUUGGAAGUUCCAGAUCCUGAUGAGGCUGUUGAUUAUCCUCAAAGAAGAUACAGGAUGGUUCUUAGAAGUACCAUGGGACCAAUAGAUGUUUACCUUCUCAGUCGAUACGUGAAAUUUGAGGUGACUGAUGUUGCUGCACAACAAAUUCUGCCACCUGCCGCUUCUCCAAAGUCUGCUGACAUGGUUAAUCAGGCAGAAAUGGCAACACAAGUAAAUAUGGCAACAGACACAGAAACCAUGCAUCAAGACUUGCAAAGCACAUCUCCUGAUGUGAAUGCUGCACAUGAUUCUGUAGGAGGGAUCAUGAAAAUUGUCCCCUCAGACAUUGAUAGUGAGGAUUAUUGGCUGCAAAUGGAUCCUGGUAUCAGCAUCACUGAUAUGUGGAAGGCAGAAUCUGAAAUGAUGUGGGAUGGGAUGGAUAGAAUGGAAGUGGAUGGGUUUGGCAUCGGUGAUGUUAUCUCACAACCACCACAGCCACAUACCCCAUCUUCUAGUGUUGUUGAGUUGCCACAUAGUUCACAGGUAUCCACGCCAACUAGGAGAUGAGUUAAGAGCAAAUCACUAUGGACCACUUAAUGCCUAAAUAUGCCACUCAGCUCGCCCAUUUUGAGUAUGACUGCACGUAACUCACUGACGGGCAACCUUGCUGAAUGUUUGUUCCAGUAGGGUUUGGAGCUGAUAUAAAUGGUGGUCAGCUGGCUGUACAGGUUCUAAAAUUCCUUCUUAUAGUUUGAAGUUGAAUAACGAAAGAUGCAGAAGUUGCAUGAAGGCAUCCUUGAAGCUUCUCAAAUUUCUUUCAUUAGUUUCAAAACUAACCACUAACGAGGUUAGUUGGCAACACCACAACUCCACAAGCGAGAACGUGGUUAAAUUUACAUGCGUGAAUGUCAGAUGUUUGUGAGACCUACAGCUCAAAAGGGUUCAUGACAUGCUCGUUGCAUCUUUUUCCUUGGCCACGUUUUCUAUCAAUUCUGGAACAGUGGGAAUGAAUGCUGCAGUUGCAAGCAACCUGAGAGGAAUUGCUGCUUUAUCUGCAGCACACAGAGCAAAGGUGCCAACUUUGUCUCUAGUCGCCCUUGGGUGAUUUCGACCUGUACUCAAUUUGUUCUCUCCACCUUGCUGAAAUAUCUUUGUGAUCUUUACCUCAAUGAAUUUGCUGUCCUGCCAUGUGGUGUAAUAUAUGUCCAUCAUCUGUGUAAUUUUAUAGCCUUUUAUGUAAUUGGAAAGGAACAAUUUUCUUGUAACAGUGCUUGUACAUUUAUGGCAGCUAUCAUUACGUGUGACCUAGUUUAAGAGGGAGAUUUAUAUUUCA